CAACAAUUUUUUUUUUUGUUGUCAAAAAUACUUUUUGCAACAAUAAACAAUCUAUGGCAACAAAAUUUUUUUUGUUGCCAAAUAUAUUUUUUCUUGUAGUGCGAUCUGUCAAAGAAGUGGACGUUGUACUGCUCAACCAUUCCCGAGUUGGUUUUUGAUGACCAAUUCUGCAAAGAACUUCUAAACUUUGCCGCUGCCCAGAAGAAAAUUUGUAUAUUACAUGAACUUGAGCUCGAGCUCAAGUACCAAUUGGACGAAAUUGUCACCAGGUUUCUUAUGUUUCAUCCUGGUCGAAUAGAGAAAUUUAAAGUAUUUGUUCCUAAUUUCAAAUCAACAAGAGUUCCUAAUAUUAACAAAUGGAUUCGAAAAUUAUCUCAGAAAACUAUCAAGAAAUUAGCCUUAGGAUACAAGAAGCAAACUGUGGGUCAUAAGUUACCUCCGUAUUUCUUUUCUUGUCUGGACUUGACAUAUUUGAAGCUUCGUAAUUUUCAUUUUUCGCCUGCACAACCAGAGUUUAAAGGCUUCCUAUAUCUUGACCAAUUAGAGCUUUUUGGUGUUCAUUUUGUAAACGACUGUUUUGAAAGUUUUCUCUCCAGCUGCCCCGUUCUUCAAAGGCUAGUGUUACACGGGUGUUCUGGUGUUCAUUAUUUUAAUAUAGGUGGUUCUAAACUCCAGCAGUUGUUCGUCAAGGUCGAUGAUGAUUUCAAAUCAAUCUCCUUAGAAAAUGCUCCUAACUUGACUGAAGUUUCUGUUACUCUGGACAAAGUUGUAAUAGGCCUGGAAGGCAAUCCAAAAUUUGGUUUGGUUAACAUUGUGGAUGGCUUGUCUAGAGUUGAAAUACUUCGUCUAAAUGGAAAGUUUCUACAGCUCCUAGCUGAACCUCCAGUUCUGCCUAUUCUAUCGACAUCGCUAGACUCUCUAAAUAUUAUUGAACUCAAAGGUGUAAACUUUAUGAACUUUGAUGAGAUCUCUGCUGUUGUCUGCUUGAUUAGAAGUGCUUCGAAUUUGCACGAACUUCAUAUUGAGGCUUCUACGGUCGAGCUAAACCAAGAGCAAGUGUCAGGUUAUCUAAAACUCCUAAACUGCACAAAAUUUCCCCUUGGCAAACUUCAUCUGGUCAAGUUAACUAAUAUCUCAAGUUUCGUUCCCGAGUUUGAGUUUAUCCGGUUCCUUCUUUAGCUCGCCUUCACUUGCGACAAUGAGCAUCGAGGAUGCUCCACAACUUGAACCUAUAGAAGCAUUGGGAGUUGCUAGGAAGUUGCUCCGGUUACGGGUACCAUUAGCAGUGAGCAUAGAUUUUUCUUAUAAAGUGUCAUAAUAUUAUUUUCAGGGAACUGGCAUUAUUUAGCCACAUCAGAUACUAUUUGUUCGUGUGGGGACAAAUGCAGAUGUUAUUGUUCUAGUAAAAGACUGAUUUCAACAUUUUGUUCAAAUUUAAGGUUGCUGCAAAGAAAAACUGAUUGCAGAGAGUUACCAAUUCCUUAUGGACAGACUUGUUGGUGCUAAUUUUGUACAUUGGUUUUUUUGGUAAAACUAU